GUUGGCACUUUCCAAACAGCCAGGACAUGCCACUCUCCAUUCAGGCACCUCCCUGCCCCUCAGAAGACAGGAGGACUAGCUGAACUGAGCUGAGAGCAGACUGUCAGACAAACACACCCUCACAUCAGCAAGACAGAGUGGAGGAAACAGCCUGAGCACAUGUCACAAGAUACCACUGGUCCAAACAGAUAAUGUGACAGCAAACUGCUUGGACAACUGAAGACAGAGAGAUGAUGGAGAGACAACAUAAACCAACGGAAAAUGGAAUAAAAGGGAAGCCCCCAUACUCGGUAGAAACCCCUUAUGGCUUCCAACUUGAUCUGGACUUCCUGAAAUAUGUGGAUGACAUAGAGAAGGGUAACACAAUCAAAAGAGUCCCCAUCCAGCGUCGAAACAAGGGCCCAAGGGCAAGCACUCUACCCAGGAACCUCAACCCUUCUGCGUGUGGCUACCGCCCGAGUCCCUGGGGUUCUACUGGAGCUCUUGGCCCUAGGUCCAAAUUAUCAGAUACCUAUCAUCACAACUACAUAUCCUGGGCAAAUGAUCACAGGACGCUACUUUCUCCUACAGGGCUCAAAUCCCUGGCGGAGAUGGAAGCCAGAAUCAAGGAGUUUGAUGAGCAACCUUUAGGUGAACACAUCAGACCUCAUCUCCUCCGUGCCUCAAGUCUUCCACUUACAGUACUGCUGAGACAGGGAUCAGAGUCCACCGAUGACCCUGGAAGCCUCCGAAGUUCCAGGGAUAACCUUGAAGAAAGGAAUAUUUCUUGUGAAGACGUCUUUUACUCAUCAGCAAGCCCUCGACCCCAGGACUGCUCAGAGUUGUUGAGGCGCCUGACAGAGGCCCUUGAACGUGUGGGAGAGCUUGAGUUGGAGAUGAGGGUAAUUCCAGAGCUCAGGGCCCAGAUCUGUAUCCUUCAGGAGGAAAGGGAAAGACUACAUUUGGGCCUGAAUCAAAAUAUCCGAACUCCUUCAAUUAAUGGUAGCACAGACUCAAUCCACUAUGAUAUAUCGGACAUCAAAAGGCCACGACAUGAAAGUCACCUUAUGUUCCCUAGAAAUAAUGGUUUCCAUCAAGAAUGCUCCAAUCCAUCACAUGAGUGGAGGACUAGUACAGAUCUGGAUGAGCUGCUGACAGUGACUUCCCUGCAGGCCAAGGUAGCUGUACUAGAGCAGAAGCUUCAUGAGACUGGCCUGGAGCUACAGAGAGCAUUAGGACUGCUAAAGGAACAGCAGGAUGAGAGCAGAAGAAAGGAGGAAAAGAUUGAGCAUCUGGUCAGGAAUCCUGGAGUUUGGGUCCGUGCAGAGAGAGUGGUGGUAGACCAGGAUGGAGAUGAAACAGUGGUGAGAGCCAUUGAACCAAAUAAUCAAGUGUCAAGAAGUCAAUAUGCAUCAAACUCUGCAAGAACGGUUCUUACAAAUGAACAACUAAGUCCACGAAAAGACUCUGAUUCCUCUGAAAAGAGCUCAUUGGAGUCCGUUGGACAUAUAGGGGCUUCAGAAACAGCUAUGGUCAUGCACCACGUCAAGAAGAUCAAGCGGCUCCUGGAUCAGCAGUGGGAGUGUCUGUGUUCAGACCAUCAUUCACAAGAGGAGAGUAAGCCUCUAAAGCACCCAGAUCCUAAAGUCAACUCUCUGCAGCAGGAGAUGAUAGGACUUGUUGACAUCCUCACCUCCUAUUACACCCAGCAUGGAAACAGGGAUGAUGAGAGGAGUCAACAUGGAGCCUCUAAAUCCAUCAUGAGGACAGAUGGAUGUUACUUGAUGUCUGAAAGCCCACAUUCUGGGGGCGUUAAUGAAAGAGGAAAUCUGGAUGGGCAGCACAGUGUGAACCAGCACAAGCAGAAGGAGGGAAUCAUCAGCCCUUGGGAGAUGGCUGAUGUCCAGGUGGACGCUGACCCAGGCAAGAGAUGGAUGGACGAAAAGAAGCAAAUGAGCCCAGACAGAGAGAUGAUAUCAGGAGCAGUUGGAUCCAGGCAGACAGAUGGAGUUGAAGCGUCUGUCAAAGCUGAGACUCAAGAGAAAACAGCCAAGAUGAAACCCAGGUCCCCAGGAGAACAGAUGGAGGGUCAUUCAGGCUCAGAAACCACCACUGGGGCCAGGGGGAUAGUGACUGCAGAUUUUGUGGCUGCUUGUCAGUUCCUCAAAGAUCACAUGGACAACAUGGAUAACCCCAAUGAAGAUAUGAGGAAGGCCCUGGUGGUGUGUUUUCAGCACUGGUUCAGUGCAGCAGCAGAGGAGUCGUCAGUAGCCAGCAGGUUGGCUGUGUACCUGAGAGAAGUAAAGAAGGACACCCCUUCUCUACUGGCCUUCUUAGUCAACCUGGCUGACGACAACAGCAACACAGUGCUGCAUUAUAGUGUAUCCCACUGUAACUACAACAUUGUCAGCAUGCUGCUGGACACAGGUGUGAGUGACUUAAAUCUUCAGAACAACGCAGGUUAUACGCCAGUAAUGUUGGCCGCACUGACAGCACCUGACGGACCUGGUGGGAUGGAGGUGGUCCGCAAGCUGAUGGAACAGGGCAACAUCCACACUCGCUCUAGCCAGACAGGUCAAACAGCUCUGCACUUGGCGGUGAGACACGGGCGAGUUGUGAUGGUUCGCCUGCUGCUGAGCUGCGGAGCGGACACUAACAUCCAGGACAACCAGGGAAACACAGCCCUGAUGUUUGCUGCUGAGAGGGGACACACACACAUCGCAAGGCUGCUGCUGGAGAGGAGCCAGUGUGAUCUCACACUGACUGACAAGCGUGGACAAACUGCACUCUCCAUCGCCAUGCAAGGUUCCCACACUGACACAGCAGCCCUCCUGCAGGCCCACGCUAAAGCUCGAGCUUUGUAGUUCUUUGUAAAACCGGGAAGUAAUGUGUAGACAUAUCUUUCAUAUUUAGCAAUAUUAAACACAGUUAUAUGUUUGCUUAGGUUGAGCUGUUGCUGUUCCGUUAUUGUUUCUACUGGACACAUUUAGGCAACAGGAAUAUAAACUUGAGUUUUGGAUGGGAUGAGUGAGGCUAAGCUAAUAUCUGUCUGUCGGGAUUGCUGAUGCAGUAAAGAGCUAAAGUUAAUGUGCUGAUGUCUUUAAAUGCUGAUGUUCAUAGUUAUGUCUGACCUUUGCACAUCAAAGUAGCGUCUUUGCUUUGCAAACUAUGCAAUGUAAGAAUAUUUAUUAAACGUUUAUGGUGUAGCUCAGAUUAAACAUUGACAACUAUAAAAUAACAAGUGCUUAAGAUAAGUUCCCCUGUGCCAGAUACUCAUAUUCAAACUAUUACAGCAGCCAAUUCCUUUCAUUAACAAUAUGUGUGGAAUAUAAAAAAGAAAUGAUAAAGCUGCAUGGAAAACACAUGAAAGAAAAACCUGUUGAUUCAGUUAUAA